GAAGCCAUGGUCCUGAAUUUGAGGAGGGAAAGCACUAUGAGGUGGUUCGACCGGUCAGACUUCACACAAUCAGAAAAAGACACACAGAGUACCACAGACCAGACACUCUUACGUAUGCAAUGACUGUGGGCGGACAAGACAUAGAAAUGCAACUCGAAAGAAAUAAUGAAUUACUUACCAAAGAUUACACUGAGUCUUACUACCAAGAAGAUGGGACUCGAGUUACCACAGUACCGAAUGACAUUGAUCACUGCUUCUAUCAUGGGAGGAUUGUGAACGACAGUGAGUCAUCUGUUAGCAUCAGUACCUGUGAUGGACUCAGGACCUUUAUUGCUCUGGUGGGGUUGGAGAUAUGGACGAAUGGUGACCUGAUCUCUGUGACCCCCCCAGCAGGAGAAAGCCUGGAUGCUUUCAUGAAGUGGAGAAACUCUGAGCUGGUGACCAGGAUAAAACAUGACAAUGCACAUCUUAUAAGUGGUAUCAACUUUGAAGGAACAACUGUGGGUCUUGCUUUCAUCGGGACUCUCUGUUCUGGUCACUCUGUCGGCGUAAUACAGGAUCACAGUGAUGCAGCCAUAGCAGUAGGAGCAACACUGGCUCAUGAGAUGGGCCACAACCUGGGCAUGAACCACGAUGACUCCAGUGGUUGUUUAUGUUCUGACGAAAGCUGCAUCAUGGCAGCAGCCCUCAGCUGGAAAACUCCUCGAAGCUUCAGUAGCUGCAGCAGCAGCAACUAUGAAAAGUACCUAACAAGCCGCAGCCCCAGCUGUCUGCUAAACAAACCAGACUAUAAGAGUGUCGUGGCUCCCGCGGUCUGUGGAAAUGGCUUCAAAGAGGAAGGAGAGCAGUGCGACUGUGGUUCGGUGCAGGAGUGCACCAAUCCCUGCUGCAACGCCACCACCUGCACCCUGAAAGAGGGUUCACAAUGUGCUGAAGGCGAGUGCUGUGAGAACUGUAAGAUCUUGCCUACCGCCAGACAGUGCCGCGCAAAGCAGGAUGACUGUGAUCUGCCAGAGUACUGUGAUGGG